GAAUAAUAAAAGUUGGGGUUAUCCGUGUGCUCUCGACGUGCUUCAAUGCAGUCUCAAAGUGUGCGCGUGCGUAUGUGCGCGCGCGCGUUUGUGUGUGUGACCAGCCCCCUUCUUCUCCUGCAGGGUGCACAUUGCAGUGGUGCAACUACAGCCAGCUGUGCGGGCGGUGUGCAAACAUUCAGCCGCUGGGUUCACUCUGCGGCUUCACAGCAGACCAGAGGCGGGUAGUAUCGGCUGGUCCGUCCGUGUUUUUCCCGGAAGAGAGGGGUGUGCCACAUGGGACACAUCUCAGGUCAGCAGCUGAUUCCUGCCGCACUUCUCACGCAGAAGCCCUGCACGGACGCCUCACCCCGCGAGCCCGUGCUGAUAAUCGGCUGUGAGUGAAGUGGAUCAAAGAGGCGCCGCGCGUCCGAACCGGGACGUCCCUUCUGGAUCCCUCUUGACUGGAACCGCCGCUUCCGAGGGGCUCAACCACGGCUCUGGUGGAACGCUGAGCGUGGCGACUGGAGGCUGGCGCUCGGGUCACGUUGAUGCUGGUGGGCGAUCCCCGGUACUCUCCUGUGCCCCCACCCGCCAUGGCAAUGAGCAGUGACCCUGGCCGCGAGAGGCCGGACCCCGACUCUGACAAACAGACCGGCAGUCUCUCGGACAUCAUGGCUGCCAUGACGAUGGAAGACUCGGACGGCUCCGCCGCCAACGGCGUGAGGAACGGCGGGGCUCAGCAGGACGGGGCUCAGCAGGACGGGGCUCAGCAGGACGGGGCUCAGGCCAAGAGGACCCGUGCGUUGCGGCCUCACCUGACUGGGAGGAAGCUGUCGCUGCAGGAGAGAGGCACAUACCGGGCGUCGUCGGGCCCCGGAGGAGGAUACAUGCACGUGUCCCCUCGUGUGGCUCGCAGGCCCACCGUGGAGUCUAAACGCGUGUCCAUAUCAGACGCCCAGGACUGUAUCCAGUUGAACCAGUAUAAGCUGAAGAGUGAGAUUGGAAAGGGCUCCUACGGUGUGGUCAAACUCGCCUACAAUGAGGAUGACGACAAACAUUACGCCAUGAAGUUGGUGUCCAAGAAGAAGUUAAUGAAGCAGUGUGGUUUCCCACGUCGCCCACCGCCAAGGGGACCCAAGGCGGCCCAAGGAGAGCAGCCCAAAAUCUUAGGACCCCUGGAGAGAGUCUACCAAGAGAUUGCCAUCCUUAAAAAACUGGACCAUAUCAACAUUGUCAAGCUGGUGGAGGUGCUGGAUGAUCCAGCAGAGGACAACCUUCACAUGGUGUUUGAUCUGAUGCCUAAGGGUCCAGUGAUGGAAGUGCCCACAGACAAUCCUUUGACAGAAGAGCAGGCGAGGUUAUACUUCAGAGACAUCAUCCUGGGCAUGGAGUACCUGCACUACCAGAAGAUUGUCCACCGGGACAUCAAGCCCUCUAACUUGCUACUGGGGGACGACGGCCAUGUGAAGAUAGCGGACUUUGGGGUCAGCAACCAGUUUGAGGGCAACGACGCUAUGCUGUCCAGCACUGCUGGCACUCCUGCGUUCAUGGCACCAGAGACCCUUUCAGACGCGCGGAAGAGCUUCAGCGGAAAAGCGCUGGACGUGUGGGCCAUGGGGGUCACUCUCUACUGUUUCGUCUUUGGCAAGUGCCCAUUUAUUGACGAGUACAUAUUGGCUUUGCACAACAAGAUAAGGACCAGGGUUGUGGAUUUCCCAGAAAUGCCAAAGAUCAGUGAAGAGCUGCGGACCCUGGUCUUGCGGAUGCUGGACAAGAACCCAGACACCAGGAUCACCAUCCCUGAGAUCAAGAUGGACCAGUGGGUGACCCAGGGAGGCACGGAGCCCUUGCCUCUGGAGGAGGAGCACUGCUCUGUGGUGGAGGUGACAGAGGAGGAAAUCCAGAACUCCGUCAAGUUUGUUCCCAGCCUCUCUGCCGUGAUCUUGGUGAGAGCCAUGCUGAGGAAGCGCUCCUUCAGCAACCCCUUCGAGUGUCCGAGCAGGAGAGAGGAGAGGUCCAUGUCUGCGCCUGGCAGCCUGCUCAUGGACUCUUGGCCCUUCCGGCCCACUUUAAAACUGCACCCCUCUCUCAGAAAGAGCAGCACGGGAGACGGACCCAGAGACGGAGAGCUGGAGGACCUGCACGAAGACGAGCCCUCCUCUUGAGUCUUUCCACAGAGCUUUGUGGGGGAGUGUGUAGAGCCUAUCGUUCUACACACUGGACAGACUGACGGUUGUUAAACCCGCUUUAUCGCUUUCGUUUACGCUCGAACUCCGGCUUGCUAUCGUCUUUGCUUCGUUAGCCUCGGAGCAUCCUUUCUCUCCCCCUCCAUCUUUCCUUCUCCACCGUGGACUCUCUGGGCACUGACUUUGAUCCACAAUGUAAAAUGUGUGAACUACUGUUAACCACUUACUGUUGUGACUGGCAUCAGUGAACCGAGAAGAGGAACUCUGCUGAAGAACAGACACACGCACACAUUUGUCAGCGGGCAUUGCACUGUAAUGUAGGAGGAACACUGUCAAGCUCAGAUUUUUUUUUUUUUUUCACUCGUCUGCAUAGAUGAACAGUUAGACAUCAUCAGACUGCUCAUAGCCAGCCUGACUGAGAGAAUAGUCAUCACAGACUUCAGCAUGUUAAUGACUCUAUAUUGUCUCUUCAGUGACAAACAGAGCUUUUUUAAUUUUAUUUUUCACGUCAUUAAUAUUGUACAUAGAUGUCUCGAGGUAUCGUCGGUGUUCUCACAGCCCUGUUCUCGUGUCCGUGCCAUCGGCAGCUUUUACUUCGGAGCUGAAGUCCUUCCUGGGCCGCCUUCACAGUCCUCAGGCCCGGGUGGGUGAACUUCUCUGACAGGAAGGAAGUCGGCAGUCGAAGGGCCAUCGCACGGAACGGACAGCGACUUUGCCACGCUCGAGCACAUUUCAAAGUGACUUUCGCCGCUGUGUAAUGUGCAAUUAUUUCUGUGUUCAAAGUCAUUUCAUGCUCUCGUUUGUCUGCUGAUUCCUGCUCUCUAGCCGUCUCCUUUCUGUCAUUUCUUACCGUGCCAUUUGAUUAGAUGUGAAGUAAUUGCGAGAGAAACUGGAGGUUGUGUGAAUGUUGUGUGAACGGACUGAACCAAAAAAAAAAGGGCCGUGGACUACUCCGAUGGCCUGUACCUUAAAUACUUCCUUUUACAAAUGAGAAUGUAUUAUUAUACAACAGUCUUGGAUGCAGAGCACAUGUGAAGGCAUGAAUAAUGUCAUUGUCCAAGAUAAACUUCAAUGAGUGCUCUUUCACAAGAAAUUUAAAAACUCCUAAGGGGAAGGGAGGUCAAAAAAGGGUGAGCGUUGUAUAAGGGGGGAGGGAGGUAGAGCAGAGGAAGGUCUUUAUUUUCUAACGCCCCAAAUUGAUAUUUCAAAUAUUCCCUUUGUCCCUUUGCAGACUUAUUAAAAACAAAGGGAAUCAAAUGGUUUCAAACAAUGGUUCAGGUGUGCACAGCGGGUCAUAAAGGUGAGCUUUGUCUUAUGAGAGGGACAACAGUCCUGUCACUGUUUAAGACUCAUUUUUCCUCGAUCACAAAAUGUUAUCCGACCAAAAGUCCUUUUCUCCCUCAGCAUCAUAACAAAAAAGGUUUUUUAAAUGAUGGCUAGAUGUGUCGUAUAUGAAGUAGGCUGGUGUUAUAGUUAGAUUUCACUCUUUUAUGUUUGCCAUCAAUUUGGGAAUCGUUAAUUCCACUCCAAAUGUUUGCAUAUUGUGAAAAUUAUUAAAGUAUUUGUAUUUUUUAUAUAUACGAGAAGUACAGUUAUGCAACAUAAAUUGGAUUGAAUUUAAAUGAGAUUUCAGCCCCUCAAGCUCUUGAGAAGUCAAGCAUAAGGCCCAUAAUACAAUACGCUGUAGAUAAUCAGUCCCUAUAGAUAACUAGUUUGUUAGCAUUACAAUCCGGUGAGAUCACACAUGUUGGUGAUGAAUGACAAAUUACGAUACAUUUUUUUAAUAUAUUUUAGCCAUUUGUUUGACGUUCAAGGUGGUAAAAAGAAGGCCAAAUCUGUGGGCUGUUUCAUCUCCGCCGACUCAAAUCAAUGAGAACAUUUCCGCCUCCGCAGCAGCUCUGCCUCAGAUAAAUGUUUGCAUAACUCUCUCUCUCUCCCCCGGAGAGAGAGAGUGUGGCCCUUGAGCCACUUGAACCGCCGUGUCACGAUGAGGCCCAGGCUGCCAACAAUGACGCCGCCUCCCCGUCCACCUCAGAGCUGUACACAGUGUAGCUGAUUAGAAACAGGGAUGUGUGGGUUGGGGGGGGGGGGGGUGGCUCAGCUUUCCAUUUCCUCUAUUCAUCUUUUCCUCGGUGUCCUCCGGUGAAGGAUGCAAACAAAGAACACAGAGGGAUUGGUACAAUGUGAAUGAGAAAGCCUUUCACACACUGUGUGGAUGAUCAUGCCGGGGAAUGCAGAAGCUGUCUUAACUUUGUAUGUGAUUGUUCAGUAAGUCUGUGAUAUGUAUAGGAUGAUGAAUUCCUGUCUGAAAUGUUGUAUAUGCAGUUUGCACUGAAGGGCCAUUCAUUGACUGAUGUAGCUCCUUCUCUCUGCUGAGGAUGGUGUCAGUGAAAGGAGGCACUGAGGGCUGUUCCAGCUGAAGAAACGGUUUAGCAGUGUGAUGGAAUAGUUGCACCGCUUUACAUUAGUGUUUGUGCGGACGUUCGUCUUUGUUGCCGGUGCAAUAUUGUUGUCGUCUUUGUCGUCGUGUGCCUUCCUGGCAUUCCCCUGCUUUUAUCUGUGUUUUAGUUGACCUUGUUGAAAAAAACUAAAAUACUGCUUAUAUUUAAAUAUUUGCACUUUUCCACUUCCAGAUACAUAUUAAAGUUAUGACAUAUAUACGUAUAUUUAUCUCACUACUGGUACCUGCCAGCUGUUUAAAAUUGUAUAGUUUGUGAUCAAGGAAAAGAACUGUGGUUCACCUGUAACGGACCAUAUUUACUGUGUAUCCGUCUGUUCUCAGUCUCCUGUGCUUUUGAUAAUCAUUCUGCAUGUGGCAGCAUUGCUACUUUUGUUUUUUGAGAUUUUUUUUAUAAACUGUUUUUAUUUUGCUGUAACUUUCUCCCACCUGUGACACAAUGCUGCUACGGCUGCAGUGAUGAGACGUUUUCUUCGUGUUAAACAUUCAUCCAAAGCUUUUAAACUGAUUUCUAUUACAUUUGAUGGGAAAAUAACAUUAGCACGUGGCCAUUUAGAAAGCUCCAAACGGUGUCGACCAAUCUACAUAGGCCACGCCCAUUUCCAGCUAGACACUUUCAUUUUUCAGUCAUUUUGUCAGUUUUGUAAACAUACUCGUCAGCUCUUUUUAUUAGCUGUGACUACAUUUGAAUGACAUCUGAACUGUAUCAACUCUGAUUGCGCAUGCCAAAUUGUAUUGAAUUUUUCCCAAAGGUGGUAUUGAUACACUGAACUAGUCACAACUUAAAGGUCACCUGUCUGACGUUCUUUCAAUGUUGCAAAGUUCUUUUUGUGGAGGAAUCCCCGACACGUCACAUACUUGAUUCUCUCGAAAAAAACAGCACAACCAUUUAGAUACAGAUCUGAGUCCAGAUACAAAUGAAAUAUAAAUAUAAAAUUGUGCAUUAUUGACUUUUUCUCGCUUAGUUUCCUUAGUGUAGUGACACAAAGAACAAAACAAACCAAUGAGUGUAGUCACACCGCAGGAAGUGAGUGAAUGGAAUAAUGUCUCAUGUCAGAUCAUCAUUCUAUCCAAAGGAGUUUGUACGCGACGAUCUGAUCGCUGCUGUGCGUCGUGUGUGUGUGUGUGUGUGUGUGUGUGUGUGUGAGUGUGAGUGUGAGUGUGUGUGUGUGUGUGUGUGUGAGUGAGUGAGAGUGUGAGAGGUGCCUGCCGUCUCGUGCAUUUCUCUGAAUGUCCUCGCGUCGCUCGUACAGAAGCAUUGGCACGUCCCUAUUGAAUGCAGUUGUUACAAUGUAAAUAUGUACCAAUAUAUAUAAAGAAGCUAUUUUUGGCAUGCUUUUUGUACACCUAGACAUAAUCAAAGAAUAAAAAAAAAGAACAUCUGAAUUCUCUCGA